UGUUCUAGUGAUAAAAUAGUAAAUCUGCAGCAAACAAACACUUUCUAAUUUAAAUUCAAAUUUUAUUGGUCACAUACACAUUCAUACAGAGUACAACCAAUCAAAAUCAGACCCCAGUUUCAAAGCAUCCAAUCAGAGGUGAGUCUGAAUCUGCUUUUACACUGCACACACGAGUUCACUCCCUCACUAUCACUUCAUCUGAACAGGAACAAUGAUCUCACUCUUUGUAGCUCUUUGUCUCUUUACAUCAGUGAAACCUUCUAACAUCAAGGAGCUUCAGGUUCAGAAAGUAACGUGUGGAGAAAGUGUUACUAUAAAAUGUGACUUGUCCAGUGAUAAUGUUUCAGUUUGGUAUAAACAGGAUUUUGGAAAAGUUCCUCAGAUGGUAGUGAGACGAGCUCAUAGCCAAAUCAGACCUGGUGAAGGAUUUACAGAUGAACGCUUCAGUAUUAGUGAUAAUCAGUUUAUUCUCACCAUUAAAGACCUGAAAGAAGAGGAUACAGGAACAUAUUUCUGUGCAGAAGUGCUGAAAUCUUCACUAAUCUUUGGAUCUGGAACCCUUUUGAUUGUUGAAGCUGAGGAGAUGAAACGACUUCCUCCGACUGUAACGCUGAUGGAGAACGGAGACUCGCUCACACUCCAGUGUUCAGUACAAGAGUUUACUUCAAGCUGUGGAGACCAGAGUGUGUACUGGUUCAGACACGACUCAGGAGAAUCUCCUCCAGGAAUCGUUUACACUCAUGGAGACGGCAGUGAUGAGUGUAAGAAGAACUCUGAGGCUGGUUCUCCUCCACAGAGCUGUGUCUACACUCUCCCCAAGAGGAAGCUCCAGACCUCUGAUAAGGGAACGUUCUACUGUGCUGUGGCUGCGUGUGGACAAAUCCUCUUUGGGAAUGGAACUGAAGUUAAAGAAGGUGAAGGAGAAGAAAAGAUCCAGUGGAGUGUUUUAGUCUUAAUCACCUCUAAUAUAAUAUCUUUUACUGUAAUCAUGGCUCUGGUUUGGGUUUUACUUCAGAAACAAAGAAAAGGGGCUUCCACCAAACCUCAAAAUAACACAGAUCAGGCUGAUGAUGAAGAUGUCUUGAACUAUGCAGCUGUGAGUUUUGCUAAGAAACCUUCAUCCUCCAGAACAUCCAGAGACCAGAGACAUGAAGACGUUUAUGCACAAGUUCAAAUCAAAUAGA